GCCGCGAGCAGCGUCGCAGAGAGUGGGCCUGCUCUGAACCAUGGAAGGAAGGAACCGGGAAUGAUGGACUGAGUCGCCUCGUCUCCUAUAAGUCGCCAUGUUGGAAGGGUUGAUAGCGUGGGUCCUCAACACUUACCUGGGCAAAUAUGUCAGCAACCUGAACACAGACCAGCUCUCGGUAGCUCUCCUCAAAGGGGCCGUAGAGUUGGAGAACUUACCGCUCAAGAAGGAUGCCUUGAAGGAAGUGUUGCCAUUUGAAGUGAAAGCUGGGUUUGUCGGCAAGAUCACCUUGCAGAUCCCGUUCUACCGUCCCCACAUCGACCCCUGGGUGAUCUCGGUCUCCAAAUUGUACCUCAUCGGCUCGCCCGAAAAACAAGAGGAGUUUGUCGAAGCGAGAGAGAGGCUGCUGGAUCAGGAGAACAAGAGGGCGUUUCUCCUCGUCCUGGAAGAAAAAUGGAAAAAAGAACGGGAGCAGAUCGGAGAAUCUUACUGGUAUUCGGUCACCGCCUCGGUUGUCACAAAGAUUGUGGAGAACAUCGAGCUCAACAUCCAAGACGUCCACCUGAGAUUUGAGGAUGGGGUCACCAACCCGUCCCGGCCUUUUGCCUUUGGCGUCUGCAUCAAACACGUUUCCAUGCAAAAUGCCACGGGCGAGCCGGUGGAGGAACUAAUGAAGAAGAAACAGCUGGAUAUUUCCGACUUCAGCAUCUACUGGGACAGCAGCUGUACCCUGUGGGGAGACCUGCUCCCCGAGGAACUGCAGGAAGCCAUGGAUAACAGCAUGGAAAACCGGGAUCAUAAGUACAUUGUGGAGCCCGUGUGUACGUCCGCCCUCCUCAAGAGAAACUGCUCCAAGGAACCCCUCCGCUCGCGGAAUAGGCCACGCCUGGAGUUUGACAUCCAGCUGGAAACAAUCCCUUUGAAGCUUUCCCAGAUGCAGUACCGACAAAUUAUGGACUUUCUGAAAGAACUGGAAAGAAAAGAGCGACAGCUCAAAUUCAGAAAAUGGAGACCGAAAGUCACAGUGACGGGAAACUGCCAAGAAUGGUGGCGCUUCGCCCUGAACACGCACCUGGCCGAGAUCAGAGAUCAGAAGGAGCGUUCUUCCUGGGAAUUUGUGUUGCGUCGCGCUCGCGAUGCGGUCUUGUACACGGAUUUGUACUACAAGAAGUUGAAGGAUUUGCUGCUUUCGGAGGAAGAGCAGGAGGAAAUGGAACGCAUCGAAGACGAGCAGACGUUUGAGGAGCUGAAAAUCCUACGGGAAGUAGUUUACAACCGGUUCCAGGAACUGGCUGAGACCACGAAGAAGCCCGAUUCUCUGGAUUCCACCUCGGAGGCUGACCUGGGAGGCGGCCGCAACAGCAGCAGUGGGAUGCUGCGGUACCUUCAGUCCUGGUUCCCCGGAUGGGGAGGUUGGCACAGCCAGUCCCAAGAAGCGCUGGAAACCAAGGCCAUCGAAGAGCUGCUUUCGGACACCGCGGAAGAGUGGCGGCAGGAGGAGAUGGCCGGAGCUGAUGAUUUUUUUGAUCCAGCUAUCGAUGUCUCCAAUAUAAAUACCUUCGCCAAGAGGGACCACGUCCUGGUCAAACUAAACCUUUGGCUACAAGGUGGCUCCAUCACGCUGUUGCACGCAGUGAAGAACAGCCGGCAGGCCAGCGAGAGAGCCUUCAUGCAGCUGCAGUUUUCAGGCGUGACCAUCCUAGCGGAAACUCUCCCUCGCAGGAAUUCCUCCCUUCUGAAAGUUCAGCUUGGAAGCCUCUUCGUCCGAGACUUAGCGACCGAAGGGACUAUAUUUCCAGUCCUUGUCUUCCCUAAUCCGCUUAAAGAAGUCGGCUGUGCCUCUUCCGUCAGCCUCCAGACCUCAUCUUCCGACACUAGCAACCAUCUCUCUGCAGAAGAUCCUGUUCCAGUUUUUGAAAUGCUGUAUGAGAAAAACCCGGCUCGCAGCAAUUUUGAGAGGCGGUUGGAGGUCAGCACCCAACCCCUGAAUAUUAUUUACAACCCCCAAGCCAUUAAGAAAGUAGCUGACUUUUUCUACAAAGGCAGAGUUCUUUCCUCUGGUUUCGGAUGUCAGUCCGAGCUGGAACUGAGAGUGGCCGAAGCUGCCAGAAGACAAUACAACAGGCUCAAGAUGCAAACCAAGGCUGAAAUCCGCCAGACCAUCGACCGGCUGCUUGUCGGGGAUUUUAUUGAGGAAAGCAGGCGUUGGUCCAUCUGCCUGGAUAUCUCUGCCCCUCAGGUGAUCUUCCCGGACGACUUCAAAUUUUCAGACCCUGUUUUAGUCGUGAUUGAUUUGGGCAGAAUGCUGCUUACUAAUUCCCAAGAGGAGCACAGAAAGAAGAGUCCGGACAGCCCAUCUCUAGAGCUGAGCGAUUUGAGCGACGACGAAUACAAGACCCCUCUUGCUACCCCUCCCAACAGCCCCCCUCCUGAAGCCCACCUGGCCGGAGAGGAGGACAAAAACAGAGAGGAGUUUCCGGGCGUGGAAAUUAGCGAAGAGCAACUCCAAGCACACCUGAUGAGCAAAAAAAUGUACGAGACCUACACUUUGUCCUUCAUGGACCUGCAGAUCAUGGUGGGGCGAGUGAAAGACAAUUGGAAGUACGCCCAAGACAUCGAGGUGGGCCCAACCCACGUGGUGGAGAAAUUCAACGUCCACUUACAGCUGGAGCGACGGUUGAUCUACACUUCCGAUCCCAAGUACCCCGGAGCUGUCCUGUCUGGGAACCUCCCUGAUUUGAAAAUACACAUCAACGAGGACAAAAUCGUGGCCUUGAACAACUGUUUCGGCAGGCUGACCACCCCUGACUUGGAAACCCCGGGCCCUUCGCAGGUUGGGAAAGAGCCCUCAGGCUUGGAGCAGCGCGGAAGCCUUCACAGCUCCGUGGUGAACUUGACCCAGAGCGUCAUCCUGGUGGAACAACACACCAAAGAAGUCCUGGUGGAGUCGCAGCUGCUCCUGGCGGAGUUCCAGGUCAACUGCAUGCAGCUGGCCGUCGAGAGCAACGGCCGCUACAUCGCGGUCCUCAAGGUGUUCGGCACCAACGCUCACUUUGUGAAGAGGCCCUACGACGUCGAGGUCUCCCUCACGGUCCACGGCCUGCUCUUGGUCGACACCAUGCAGACCUACGGCUCCGAUUUUGACCUCCUGAUGGCCUCGCACAAGAACCUCAGUUUCGACGUCCCGACGGGGAGUCUACGGGACAGCAAAGCUCAGUCCCCGGCGAACGGCCUGAGCGAGCCCCUCUUAGUCCAGGACGUCUCUCUCGCCGAGAAGUUCACCCUGGCGUCCCAGAGGCUCUCCGGCACGUCUCCGAAGCGAGACGAGUCCUUAAUCAAACUGGAAUACCAAUUUGUCACCGCCGAGUGCCCUUCGAUGAAUUUGGACAGCUCCCUCCAGGUGCUGACGGUCCAGAUGAACAACCUGGACAUCAUCCUGAACCCGGAGACGAUUGUCGAGCUCAUCGGCUUCCUCCAGAAGUCCUUCCCGAAGGAGAAGGACGACGGCAGCCCCCAGCCACUAAUGACCGAUGCCGAGAAGACCCUGCGCGAGCGAGAGAUUUUCCAAUCCACCCAUUCCCAAAGCACGGAGGUAGCCGUGGAGAUCCACUGGCUGAACAUCCUUCUGCUUCGGACGGUCACCCUGCUCAACCGAGAGAAGUUCGGCCGGAAGAUCGCCACGGCCAGCAUCGGGGGCACCAAGGUGAACGUCUCCAUGGGCAGCAGGCUGGAGGUGAAUGGGUCUCUGGGCUGCCUGCAUCUGAUGGACCUGACCCAGGACAACGUGAGGAACCAGUACGUGGUCAGCAUCGGGAACACGGAGCGGUACGGCGUGGGCUACGCCAAGCCCACUUUUCCCCACUUUGAGGAUACCAGUAGCCUCCCCGAUGCCCUGAGCUUCACCUUCCAGGAGCAGUCCCCCGCGGAGUGCUCCCUUCUCCUCCAGAUGGCCUCCCUCCAUUACAACCACUCAGCUAAGUUCCUGAAGGAGGUGUCUCUGUCGCUGGACGAGCUGGAAGAGAACUUCCGCAGCAUGCUGAAGAGCGCGGCCAGCAGAGUGACCACCGUCCUGGCCACCAAGACGGCGGAGUACAGCGAGAUGGUGUCUCUCUUCGACACGGCGCCGAAAUCCAGAGACCCCUUUAACCUGGAGCACGACGAAGGGGACGAGCCCACUCCCCUGUACCCCAAGGCGGAAACCAUCAAGCUGGUCUUAAACGUGAAGAUCGAGUCGCCCGUGGUCUCCAUACCCCGUAAGCCCGGCAGCUCCGAACUCCUGGUGGGUCACUUGGGACAGAUCUCCAUCCAGAACUUUGUGACGGGCGAAGACAACCUGAGGAGCGACAGCCUGCAGGUGGAGAUCAAAGACAUCAAGAUGUAUUCUCUAAAUUGCAGCCACUUGGCCGGGAAGAAGGACUCGCCGCCGGAGGCGUGGCCCGUUCUGCCCUCGCCAUUGGGCAUUCCCACCAGCUACGGCUACCCGGAAGAGUCGCAGUUCACUCGACAUGAUUUUUUCGAGUCUUUACACAGAGGCCAUGCCUUCCACAUCCUGAACAACGCCACCAUCCAGUUCAUCCUGGAGAAGGUCCCCAUUGAGUGCGGCGCGGAGCUGGCCUUCUCUCUGAGCGACGAUGUCAACAUUGCGAGCCUGAUGAGGAUCGAGGGGAAGUUUGUCAACCCUCUGCAGGUGAUUUUAGCCAAGCAUGUCUUCGAGCAACUGAUGCAGACGCUGGACAACCUUGUCUGCAACGAGGACUUGACCAAGCCGCCGUCCAACUUCCCGUCGCCCACCUACUCCAGCUUGGGUUCCCCUUCCGCCUCGCUUCGGAGCCUAAGCGCCGAUUUCUCCCUCGGCCGAAAGGAAAACGGCUUCUUCACCCACUCCAGCUUCUCCACCGCUCAAUCUCUGCCGGUCAAGGAAGCGGCCCAAACUUUCACGCAGCUCCAAGCCACGUUCCACAUCGCCCAGCUCCAGGUUCAGCUCAGUGGCGACCUUACCCUGGGAGCCCAAGGCCUGGUGAGCUUAACCUUUCAGGAUUUCGACGUGGAGUUCUCCAAGGACCAUCCCCAGACCUUGUCCAUCCAGAUCGCCUUGCGUUCUCUGCUGAUGGAGGAUCUCCUGGAGAAGAACCCGGAUUCCCUGUAUAGGAACCUCAUGGUCUCCCACGGGGCCCCCAAACCUUCCCAUUUGGCGCACAAGGAGUAUCUCUCUCAGUCCUGCCCGCUGGUCUCCAACGUGGAGUACCCGGAGAUGCCACGUUCUCUCCCCUCUCACAUGGAGGAGGCCCCCAACGUCUUCCAGUUCUACCAGCGGCCUUCGUGCGCCUCUCAGCCCAAGCACAGAGAGGACGCCGAGGCGGGCUGCCCACUGACCCCGCCGCCGUCCCCCACGGCCAAAGAGUUGAGCGCGCCCGCCGGGAAGAGCGACUUUGACGACUCCUUGGUGCACGUCAACGUUCUCCUGGUGGACAAGAAACACCCGGAGUUCGCCUCGCGCUACGGCAAGACCCACCGCAGCGUGGACAUCGACUUCAACUGCCUGGACGUCCUGAUCACUCUGCAAACCUGGGUGGUGAUCCUGGAUUUCUUCGGGAUCGGGUCCACGGCCGAGAAUCACGGGCUGAAGGUGCAGAGUGGAGAAGCCCAGCAGGCGACGAAAUCGGAAAUAAAUCCCUUGCCGGACAACGAGGCGCCGGAGGAGUCCGUAAACGCCAAACUGGAUCUGAAGGUCCAUUCUCUGUCCAUGGUGCUGAACAAGGCAACCAACGAACUGGCCAAAGCGAACGUCUCCAAACUUGUCACUCACCUGGAAACGGCAGAAGGCGACCUGACUUUUCGGGGAAGCAUCGGAAGUUUCUCCUUAAGCGACCUGACCUCCCACGGGGAUCUUUACCGCGAGCGCUUCACCACCAGUGGCCAAGAGGCCCUCAUCUUUCACGUCUUCAGGUACGGCCGGCCGGACCUGUCCCUUCAGAGGGAGUGCGACAUGCGUGUCAGCCUGCGGAUGGCGUCGGUGCAGUACGUUCACACCCAGCGCUUCCAAGCUGAGGUCAUCUCCUUCAUCCAGCAUUUUACACAACUGCAGGAUGUCCUGGGCCGUCAGAGGGCAGCCGUUGAAGGACAAACGGUGAGGGACCAGGCCCAGCAAGCAGCCAGGAUUCUUCUGGACAUCGAAGCGGGAGCGCCGGUGCUCCUUAUUCCGGAAAGCUCCCGAUCCACCCACCUUAUCGUAGCCAACCUGGGAAAACUAAAAAUCAAGAACCGCUUCCUCGUGGCAAGCAAUUCCGCUACCUUCUCGCUCAAAGACAAGUUGUCUUCCGUGCCAAUUCUCAGCAGUCAGAAAAAUGAGCACAUCCCGGAAAUUGGGGCAAAACAGACCCCAUCCUCUCCUUUGUCCUCGGCGGAUAAUCCUGAGGGGCACGCCUGCCUCCUGGACUGCAUCAUGGUCGACCUGCAGGACAUGGACAUCUUCGCUGCCGAACGGUGCUCCCGCGAAUAUUCCCAGCCCGCGAAAGAAGCUCCGGUGGAUUUGACCUUCCCGUCUUUCGUCAUCAGGCAGACGGGAGGCAGCCUCUUAACGGAGCCCUUUCGGCUGAAAUUGCAAGUGGAGAGGAACCUGGACAGGGAGAUCAGCCACGCCGUGCCGGAUAUCUGCGUCCACGGCAUUGUCUCUUCGGUCCACUGUUCCCUGGACCUGAGCAAAUACAAGCUGAUUCGAGGCCUCCUGGAGGACAAUCUGGGGGAGCCGGUGGAAGAGUUCCUACGGCCCUACGACCUGCAGGACCCCAGGAUACACACGGUGCUGAGUGGCGAGGUCUACACCAGCCUGUCCUUCCUCAUUGACAUGGUCAACGUGAGUCUGGAGCUGACCAGUCCCCAGGCUAAGCAAGGCUCACUGGCCAGGUUUGACUUCAAAAAAUCAAAGCUUCUCUUUGAGAGUUUCUCCAAUCAAACCAGAUCCAUCAACCUGGUCUCCCACUCCAUGAUGGCGUUUGACACGCGAUACGCUGGGCUGAGGCCUCCUUCCGCCACGCCCAACGUCUUCAGCUGCAUCUUCCAGCCUUCGAAAAACAGCACUUCUCAAGGCGCCAUCCAGAUUGAGCUGCAUUACAGAUCUACUAAGGACUCCUCUUCCUUCACGGUCGUCCUGAACAACCUCCGGGUCUUUCUCAUCUUUGACUGGCUGGUGCUGGUCCACGACUUCCUUCAGACCCCCAGCGACCCCAAAAGGCCAUCCAACCCGCCUCCCUCUCGCCAACGUAGCCUCGGCAGCGAACCGGCGGUCAUUCCCAAGGCGGUCAAGUGCGGGAUAGUCACCAAGCGUUCUUCUCUCCAGAUCUCCACCGAGAAACAGCUGGAGGUCAAGAUCAAUGUGACCGAUACGGAGUUCGUGGUGGUGGAAGACAUGACCUGCACGGACACCAACGCGGUGAUUCUGAAGGGGACGACCGUCCUGACGUACAAGCCCAAACUGGUGGACCAUCCUUUCUCCGGGAGCCUGUCGGGCAUCGAGGUGUUCUCCUGCCGGCUGGGCAACGAGCAGGAAACGGCCCUCUCCAUCCUCGAUCCAGCCCUGAUCCAGGUUGAACUCGUGGGGAACUCUUCCUAUCCAAACGGAUCGGGUCUGUUGGAUGCUUUCAAUGGGGGAGACUUCCCUCCCCUUCUAGAGAUCCAGUUGCAAACCCUGGACAUCCGACUCUCUUACAACGACGUCCAGCUCUUCCUGGCGAUCGCCAAGUCCAUUUCUAAGCAGACCAGUGGGGGGCUACCCAGCCCUCAUGCCGCCGUGGACCCUUCGGCUCCUUCGGGCUCCUCUGGUGUAAAUGAGGUCUCGGGAACCGCCGCAGAACGAACGGAGACCGCUAAGCGGCUGCUGGAUCCGGUUCUGGAGGUGCAGCUGGCCCGCCUGCAGGAACUGGGAUUCAGCCUGGAUGAUUGUCGCAAGGCUCUGCUGGAUUGUCAAGGUCAGCUGAAGAAAGCAGCCAGCUGGCUGUUCAAGAACGCCGAGCCUUUGAAACGCUCCGGGUUCGAUUCCAGCAGUCCCGACGGGCAGAACUCCAGGGCUCUCCGACUCAUCUCCGGAGUGGAAGUCAAAGCCGAAAGCAUCUGCAUUUGUUUUAUCGACGACUGCAUGGACUGUGACGUUCCUCUGGCCGAGCUGACCUUUUCCCGUUUGAACUUCCUUCAGCACUUGAGAGCCAGCCCGGAAGGCUACGCCCAUUUUACGCUCUCCGGCGACUAUUACAACCGCGAACUCUCCGGCUGGGAGCCGUUCGUGGAGCCUUGGCCCUGCUCCGUCUUUUGGCAGCGCCAGCCGGCCAGCCGCCUCCACCCGUCCCGGCUGAAGCUGGAAGUGAAGGCGAAGCACCGCCUGGACGUCAACGUCACCUCCAGGCUCCUUGAGCAAUAUGCCAGCACCAAGCAGUCCUGGAUGGCCGAUUACUGCAGCCAGGAGAACGAAGCCACGGAGCUGGAAUCCGAAGAGUGGGCCGGCUCUUCGGUGGAUCCCCCUUCCUUCAGGCAAGGCCUUCCUCUUGCCUACCUUAGAACUAGGAGCACAGCCAGUCUGACUAACCUAGAGCACCAGAUGUAUGCCGGAGCUGAAAUGAAGGCGCCUAAGCGGAGGCAGCCCUUUGUGCCCUUCGCUCUGCGGAAUCACACCGGUUGCACCCUCUGGUUUGCCACGAUGACCACCACCCCGACUCGCGCGGCCCUCCUGCACAGCGGGAGCCCCCCGUUCCUGCCAGAAGAAAACGAGACCUUUCUGGACGAAGCCCACAAAGUCAGCGAGUGGCGGGAGGUCCUCGCGGGAGAAGAGGUCCCCUUCGCCUUCGAAGCCAAGGGGAAACUGAGGCACAGGCAUACCCACGACCUGAGAAUUCACCAGCUGCAAGUAAGAGUCAACGGCUGGGAGGCCGUCAGUCCUGUCUCCGUUGACAAAGUGGGAAUAUUUUUCCGGUAUGCGGCUCCCGAUAAAAGCAAUUCUUCCUCAACGGUUGGCAGCCCAAUUAGUAGAACCAACAUCAUCCAUCCACAGGUUUAUUUCUCUUCAUUGCCUCCCGUUCGAGUGGUCUUUGCGGUGACCAUGGAGGGCAGCGCCCGGAAGGUGAUAACGGUCCGUUCUGCCUUGAUUGUGAAAAACAAACUGGAGAUGCCAAUGGAGCUGAGGCUGGACAGUCCUUCAGCCCCGGACAAACCCGUGGUGCUCCCGGCGGUGAUGCCCGGCGACUCCUUUGCCGUCCCCCUGCACCUGACCUCCUGGCGCCUCCAGGCCAGGCCCAAGGGCACCGGCGUCUUCUUCUGCAAGUCUCCCAUCCACUGGACCAACGUCCAGAAGGCUUCGGAGGUCAGCAGCAGCAAGCGGGAGUGUCACUCCAUGGAGCUGGACAACAGCCGGUUCUUCAGGUUUUGCGUGGCUAUAAAGAAAGAGAACUACCCAGACUACAUGCCUUCCAGCAUCUUCUCCGACAGCGCCAAGCAGAUUUUCAGGCAGCCGGGACACACCGUUUAUCUCCUGCCCACCGUGGUGUUGUGUAACCUGCUGCCUUGCGAACUGGAGUUCUACGUCAAGGGCGUGCCGAUCAACGGGACCCUCAAACCCAGGAAGGAAGCCGUCCUGCACACCGCCGACACUUCCCAGAACAUCGAGCUGGGGAUCUCCCUCGAAAACUUCACCCACUGCAAGGAGCUUCUGAUCCCGCCGGGGACGCAGAAUUACGUGGUGCGGAUGAGGCUGUACGACAACAACCGGCGUCUCUUGAACCUCACCAUCCGGAUCGUGGGCCAAGCCAAAGGCUCCUUGAAGAUACUCAUUUCGGCUCCUUACUGGCUGAUCAACAAGACAGGCUUGCCGUUGAUUUUCCGGCAAGACAACGCGAAGACCGACGCGGCUGGCCAGUUUGAAGAACACGAGCUGGCCCGCAGCCUGAGCCCCCUCCUCUUCUGCUACGCCGACAAAGAACAGCCAAAUUUUUGUACCAUGCGGGUUGGGAGAGGCAUCCACCCCGAGGGGAUGCCUGGCUGGUGCCAGGGGUUCUCCUUGGACGGAGGAAGCGGCGUCCGAGCCCUCAAGGUGAUCCAACAAGGAAACCGGCCGGGCCUUAUUUAUAAUAUCGGUAUCGACGUUAAGAAGGGCAGAGGGCGCUACAUGGACAGUUGCAUGGUGACUUUUGCACCUCGCUACCUGCUGGACAAUAAAUCCUCACACACCCUCGCCUUCGCCCAGAGGGCCUUUGCCAGGGGACAGGGAACGUCCAAUCCCGAUGGCUACAUCUCCACCCUCCCGGGAUCCAGCGUGGUCUUCCACUGGCCGCGGAACGAUUACGACCAGUUGCUUUGCGUCCGGCUGAUGGACGUGCCCAGCUGCAUUUGGUCCGGAGGCUUCGAGGUCAACAAGAACAAUUCCUUCCACAUCAACAUGAGGGACACCCAGGGCAGGUGCUGCUUCCUCCAAGUUGAGAUAACCUUGAAGAGGGCCACGUACUGCGUCUCGUUCAGCGACACUGACAAAUUUCCCCCUCCGUACCGCAUCGACAACUUUUCUAAGGUCCCGGUGGUGUUCGCCCAACACGGCGUGGCCGAGCCCCGUCUCAGCACCGAGGUGAAGCCCUCCACCUCCCUGGACUACGCCUGGGACGAGCCCAUCCUCCCGCCCUACGUCAGCCUGACCGUCAAAGGGGCCGGUUCCUCCGAAGUCACCUGCUGCAUGAACGACUUUCAAGAAAGCAAACAGCUCUACUACGAAAACUUCAUCUACAUCGCGGCCUCUUACACUUUCUCUGGGGUCCAGGAAGAGACGGGAAGACCCGUUGCUACGAACAAGGAGGUGGACUGCGCCGAGCUGGUCCUGGACGUCUCUCCCAAGACGCAGAGAGUCAUCUUGAAGAAAAAGGAACCUGGGAAACGCUCUCAGCUGUGGAGGAUGACCGGGACCGGCAUGCUGUGCCAUGAAGGCUCGGCUGUCCCCCGUCACCCGAACAAGCCCUCCUCCCCUCGCUCGGCAGAGUCCUCCAUGAUUCUGGACAUCGCUGGCUUGGCGGCCGUCACGGACAACAGAUACGAGCCUCUGAUGCUGAGAAAGCCAGACAGACGGAGAAGCACCACCCAGACAUGGAGCUUUCGAGACGGCAAACUGCUGUGCGGCAUGCACGGACUCGCAGUGCAGGCCAAAGGAGGCAGAGCCGGGCUCCGUGACGGAGCAGAAGUUGUUCUGGGACCCGACACUUCCCUGGAACAGUUGAGUCCCGUCCCUCCGGACCAGCAGUUCAUCAACCAGAAGAUGCGGCCUGGUUCCGGAGCCCUGGCCGUCCAGGUGAUUCCCGACGGUCCCACGAGAGUUCUGCAGAUCACCGAUUUCAACCAGCGCAGGAACGACCGCCUCUCGUACGAAGGGGAGGAGUUGGACCAAGACUUGUGGAAGCUGAAGAAUCCAGACCUGGAGCAAGAGCUGGAAGUCCAGCUGAAAUUGGAAGGAGGGAUCGGCUUGUCUUUGGUUAACAAGGCCCCCGAAGAGCUGAUCUUUGCAACUUUCAUCGGCAUCAGUGUCCAUUUCACCCAGCUGUCGGCCAGCCAAGUGCUGGAACUGAGUAUACAGGAUGUGCAGGUCGACAACCAGCUUCUCCGCACCACUCAGCCCUUCAUGCUUUUCCUCACCCCCAAGGCGGGCGAGAACGAAGUGGCCGACACGGGCCCAGCCGUGCAGCUGAACGCUAUGAAAUUUCCCAGUAAAAGCCCUUUGAGCGACAUAUACAAGCACUUGAUGAUCACAGCAAGCAAGUUUACGGUUCAAAUCGAGGAGAAACUGCUCCUUAAACUGCUCAGUUUCUUCGGCUGCGACCAGUCCGAAUCAGAGGUUGAAAAUUACGACGAAAACCUCCACGAAAAGCCGGUCGGUCAAGAGGUUGCCCGGAAGAGAUACUAUUUCGAAAACCUCAAAAUUAGCGUGCCCCAAAUAAAACUAAGCGUCUUUACGUCUAGCAAGCUCCCCCUGGAUCUCAAGGCACUGAAGAGCACGCUGGGCUUCCCUCUCGUCCGCUUCGAAGACGCCGUCAUAGACCUGGAUCCUUACACCCGGGUCCACCCCUACGAGACCAAGAGCUUCAUCGUCAACGACAUCCUCAAGCACUUUCAGGAAGAACUGCUCAGCCAAGCGGCCAGGAUCUUGAGCUCCGUGGACUUCCUGGGAAACCCCAUGGGGCUCUUGAACGACGUCUCCGAAGGGGUCACCGGGCUGAUCAAGUACGGCAACGUGGGCGGCCUCAUACGGAACGUGGCUCAUGGCGUGUCGAACUCGGCGGCAAAGUUUACCGGAACUUUGUCUGACGGUCUGGGAAAGACGAUGGAUAACCGGCAUCAGACGGAGCGGGAAUACAUCCGAUACCACGCAGCCACCAGUGGCGAACACCUGGUGGCCGGCAUCCAAGGCCUGGCUCACGGCAUCAUCGGCGGGCUGACCAGCGUGAUCACGUCGACGGUAGAAGGGGUGAAGACCGAAGGCGGAAUGAGCGGCUUCAUAUCCGGUCUUGGAAAAGGACUCGUUGGCACCUUAACGAAGCCGGUGGCCGGUGCCCUGGACUUCGCCUCGGAGACCGCCCAAGCCGUCCGAGAGACAGCCACGCUGACCGGCCCCAGGACCCAGGCCGAGCGGAUACGGAAGCCGCGGUGUUGCCGGGGGCCGCAAGGCCUGCUGCCCCGCUACUCAGAGAGCCAGGCGGAGGGGCAGGAGAUCCUCUUCAAGCUGACGGACAACAUUCAGGAUGAGUUCUUCAUCGCGGUGGAGAACGUCGACCGCUACUGCGUGAUCAUCUCUUCCAAAGCGGUUUACUUCCUCAAGAGCGGGGAUGCCAUGGACCGGGAGGCCAUCUUCCUGGAGGUCAAGUACGACGACCUCUACCACUGCCUUAUCUCCAGGGACCACGGACAGGUCUACGUCCAGCUGACCAAGAAAGCUGUCAACUCUGCCAGCGGCGUGGCGAUGCCCGGCCCGUCGCAUCAGAAGCCCAUGGUGCACGUAUCAGCGGAGGACGUGGCCGUCCGUCUCUGCCAAGAAAUCAACUAUGCAAAGAGCCUUUUCUACGAACAGCAGCUGAUGCUCCGGUCCAGCGAACACCAGGAACAGUUAGAAUUGGAUUCCUGACCCAGAGAAAAUGUGGGGACACACACACACACACACACCCUCCUUCAGCUCAGUCAGAGAAUCUGGCCCCUCCCCAGGGCGUAGGAAUAGGGAAAGCUUUGGGUGAAGCAGAGAAGCUUUAAAAAAAAGUCUGCAGGGGAAAAAAAACAAUCUUGCGCUGCGGGCCGCUCAGAGUCACCAACACUGGAGACCCAUUAAGAGGGGGAAAAAAAACCUGGGAUUUUCUUAACCAUUUGUGUAUAUAUAGUAUAUAUAUAUAUAUAUAUAUACUUGUGUGUAUGAUGUGUAGAUGUAUCUCUUGAUACACGUACCUUACACACCGGCGAGGUUGUAUAAAAGUCUUUUUCGUGUAAAGAAAUGAUAGGAGAAAGUUAUAUUGCACUGAUUUUGAGCAUUUGGGGAAAGGGCAUUUUUUUCCCCCUCUUCCUUUCCCUGGAAGCCACAAAGAGAUAAGAGCAGGGGGGGGGGCGGAGAGACCCUUAGCCUCCCUCCCCCUUGGGGCAGCCUGGCCAGAAUUUGGGCAUCUCAGGACAGGACAGGGCAGGGGGGUUCCUGAUCUCCUUGGGCGAGAGAGGGUUGCCCACUCAGUCCUGCCCAGGACCAGGCUAAAUUUUGCUUUCCGGCAUCCGGAUUGGGGGAAGGGGAGUUUUAAGGAGACCGAACGAGAAUGCCGGUUUAGAAAUGUAAUA